CCAUUCACGAGCAUCUGUCAGGUGCUUGUUGCGGCCGUCAGGAAGUGGCAUGUGCAACUGCCAGAUGAUAUAUCGUCCUUGUACGAGCCGACCAGUUCGUCAUCAGCACCUGAAUCAAGUCACAAUAUUCAGCAUACGAAUCAAUUCAGGUUUCUAGACAAGGCUGCCGCGGUGCUGCCCCCGUUAGACAAGACAUGCACGGCGUUGCCGAUGUGUUCAUGGAGUCUCUGCACAGUGACCCAAGUUGAGGAGCUGAAGAUACUGCUACGGAUGUUACCCGUCUGGGCGUCGUUCGUGAUCUUCUACUCAGUCGCUGGGCAGAGCGCAUCGACAUUUAUCGAGCAGGGGAUGGUCAUGGACAACCACGUCGGCCAGUUUGCAAUCCCACCUGCCUCCCUCUCUAUUGUCAGCGUGUUCAGCGUCCUUAUUGGGGUUUUCAUCUACGAAUCCGUGCUAGUGCCACUCGUGCGGCGUUAUACCGGCAAGGCGAAGGGCUUCUCGCAGACGCAGCGCCUUGGAAUUGGCUUUGCACUGUCCAUGCUGACCAUGGUGUACUCAGCAAUGCUUGAGAUGAAAAGGCUGGCCAUCGCGCAAGCCAGUGGCCUGGCAGACCAGAAUGUGCCUGUGCCAGUGAGCAUUCUGUGGCAAGUUCCUGCAUAUGUAAUGCAAGGUACAACUGGGGUUUUCGCAGGAAUCGGAAUGGUGGAGUUCUUCUACGAUGAGUCCCCUUACACCAUGAAGAGCCUUUGUGCAGCAUUCUCGCAGCUUGCAGUUGCGUCCGCGGCUUACUUCAACGCACUCGUAUUUAGUGUUGUUGCGGUGGCCACGAAGCACGGUGGUGCGCCUGGAUGGAUCCCGGAUAAUCUGAAUGAAGGGCACUUGGACUAUUUCUUCUGGAUGAUGGCUGCUCUUAGCUUACUGAAUCUGGCGCAAUUUGUGCACUACUCCAUGAGGCAUAGAGAGAAGACAACUUCUUGACACAAAAUGGUGGACACUGGACAGAAGCUUAUUGACUUUCCUAUCAUAUCACAACAAAGAUGGCUUCUAUGCAGUAUCUGUGGAUGGCGCACAGCAUUAUCCAUCAGAAUGAUAGAUAAUAAACUGAAACUUCAAUUUUUAUCGUUGUAUAUAUGGUUUUACUUCCGCCUAUUCUCUGUACUUAGCAGCCAACUUCAAACCAAGAGAAGAAUUUGAGACAAAAUUAAAUAAGUUCUUUGGUGUGGGCGGAUGAGCUGGUUAUGCCCCCACAACUUCAAGAGAUCAUUUGAUGCAAAUCAGAGUAUGGUUAACUGAUGAGAUCAUUCAAAGUGGUAUUUUUCAUGCAAAAAAUAAA